AUGAAGCUGAUGUGUUUGAUCCAGGGUGAAGAUCCUCACCGGUUGGCACUGAGGGAAAACACGGCCCUCUGGCAGGCGGCCAAGGACGGCGACCUGCCCGCCGUAGAGGCCGCCCUGGACGCCGGCGCCUGCCUCGACGUCCACGUCGGCAAGUUCGGCACCACGCCGCUGCAGGAGGCCGCCGGCGCCGGCCACGAGCACAUCGUCCGCUUCCUGCUCCAGCGCGGCGCGGACGUCAACGCGCAAUCAUCGCAAGGAUCGACGGCCCUGUUCCGCGCUGCAAUCUUCAGACACGGCGGCGUGGUGAGGAUCCUGGCUGCCGAAGGGGCCGACCUAGAAGUACGGCGAGGAUUUGAUGGAGCCACGGCUCUGGUUGCCGCUGCUGCCUUUGUUGGCAAUGCGGAGAUCGUGGGCGUUCUGAUCGACGUAGGGGCGGACGUGGACGCGGCCAACGACGCGGGGAGCACGGCGCUAUUCCUGGCUGCUCAACACGGUGAUGAGGAAACGGUGGCCGUGCUUAUCAACGGCGGAGCCGACGUGGACAAGGCGCGGUCCAACGGCGCCACCCCACUGGUGAUCGCGGCACAGGAGGGCACUCCCGGCGUCAUCCGCCUGCUGCUGGACGCCGGGGCCGACCCCACGAUCGCCAACAACUUCCGCACCACGCCGCUCCACCUUACUGGCUUCCGGCUGGGCGGGGUGGGCGAGGAGAUGGCAGGCAUGCUGCUGGCCAGCGCGUUCAACGUGGAUAUAGAUGCAAUGGACGAGGACGGCCGCACGCCGCUUAUGUGGGCGGCUAGGUUCGGCAACGCCGGCGUGGCGCGGUUCCUGCUGGAGGAGGGCGCGGACGGAUCGGCAGUGGACGGCGCCGGGAGGAGUGCGGCAGCGCUGGUGUGCACCUGCGUGGAGAACGAGGGGGACAUGGCGAAGCUGCAGUGCCCGUCGUCUGGCUGCGAGCUGCCAGCCACCGCGAGCGAGGUCCUUGAGGCCCUGCGACAAUAG